CUGGUUGGUGCGCACUGCACAGAGCACCACCACUAGAUCAAUGUGGUUCUGGACUGAGGCAAAGAUAGUCUUGUACUAUCUUUGACUGAGGCAAGGCAAAGAUCCCAUUUGGGCAAGUUGUUCAUCACAAUAAUAAUAAUAUUAAACUCUGGCCAAGGGUAGUUGGAGGGUUCCACAGUGUGCACUGGGCAAGUAGGAACAGCAGGCACCCUACAGCAUGGAUCAGUACAAGUGUUGCGCAUGUCAAGCUAUCGAGCAGCAAGAGGCUGGACUGCACGCCUUGUCCAAACGGAUUUGGGCAUACGCGGAAGUGGGCAAACGGGAAGUUAAGACUGCAAAAACUCUAACCCGUUUCCUGAAAAAGAACAACUUUAAGAUCACUAAGAAGUUGAAGGGCCUGCCGACUGCCUUCAUGGCCGAGUUUGGAGAGAGCGAAGUUGGCGGCGCACGGAGGCCAAAUAUUGCCAUUAUCUGUCAGUUUGACGCUGUCAAGGGAAAAGGUCACGUGAAUGGAUACAACUUGGUAGCGGAAGUUGCUGUGGCUACAGCUCUCGGAAUUCAAGAAGCUAUCAAGGCGGCAUCGACACCAAUAGGAAAGAUUACUCUCAUUGGCUGCCCUAACUCUGCAGGAGGCGGAGUGAUCACCCUGCUCAAUCGGAAAGCCUUCAAAGGCUUCGACAUGGCCCUGGGAGCAAUACCUGGGCCUAGAACAGAGUGGAGUCCUGUCUGUCUCGGCAUGAAGAUGUUCAAGGCCACGUACAAGUGCUUGGAGGGCACACCGACAAACCAACUGCUCCCUGGCUCCCCGAAAGACGCGGUGGUAUUGGCACAACUCAAUGUCCAGACAAUACAGGAACAUCUCAGCCAAGGGUCAUCUGUGGCGGGCACCGUGCAAGCUCACCGCUACGCCGUGGCCAUGUCAAAAGCACUGGCGAUGUCCGCAAUAGACAUGCUAAAUUCUCCCGAGAUGCUGGCCCACGCAUGUGCAGAGCUGCGGGAGGAGCUUGUGCGCAACAAAACUGUUCCGUUCAUGCCGCCCAGCUUGCAGCAGAGGCAGAACGUCUACAAAAUCCGGACAGCAGUGCCAGCAGACACAAACACUGGCUGGUCCACACAACAUUGA